UCGUUGGCUCAUGGAUUGAUUAGAUCCUGGAACUUUCCACCCCGGUGACUAAGAAGAAAACCAGGACUUGGAAACCAGCCAGACUCGGCUUCCUGGAAACCACAUGGAGAACUGGAAGUCAGGAGGCACUAAGCAACCAGCUGAUCCCCCUUAGCAGUCCCUUUAAAGGCAAUGUGAGCUGGCAGCAUGCUCCUGACCCUAGCUGGGCUCCGGUCUGCCUGGAGAAAGUGGGGAGGCCAACUGGGAAAGUGAAAGCAAGAGAUCAGCUCUCCUAUAAAGCUGAGUCCCUGCUCCGGUGUACACAGAGCGGCAGGGGAGCUGCAGUGUCACAGCGAAGGGAUCCUCUUUGGAGAGCCCAGGCUGCUGCCCGCGGAGCUGAGUUGACCUCUGCCAGGCGAACGGCUCGUCAGCUUCCCACGCGUCCAGCAAGCAGCUCUCUCGAGAAUGUCCUGGAGCGAUAUCCUGUAUCCUAGCAACCCAGAGCGGCGAGAGAGGGUGGCGCGGUUACACCAGGAGCUGAUCAACUGCAUAGAGCUCAAUUUUGAUACCACCAACGAGCUGAUUGGAGCCUUAAACGAACACUGUCAUUGCAAGUUGCACCCCAUUAAGAUGAACAUGAAGGGCACCAUCCGGGAGAACUGCAACAUGCUCCUCUCAGCCAUCAAGUCCAUCCAAGACAUUCUGCAGGCCAUUGACGCAAGGUUGAAGAGCAACCUGGAGCCAGAUCUCUACCGAAAGCUUCACAAUUUCCAGGAGACAGAUGCCAAGAAGAUGCAGAUUCUGCGCUCUGUGGCCACGGUGGUGAGCGGGCUCACUGGGACCAUAGCCAUGGGGAUCUUCAUCAAGCUGGCGUUAUCGCAGGUGGUGAGCAGAGUCCUGAGCCAGACGACCAUGAUCUUGGCCAAGGUUGGUGCCUCCAUGAUCGGCACCGUGGCUGGCAUGUUACUGGGCGUGGGUGUCGACGUGAUUCUCAGCGCGAUCCUGGGUGCCAUAGAGAGAGACCAACUGGAAGAGAAGAUUCAGGAGCUCAAGGGUCUGGUGAGCGAGUUCAAGCCAGCCUCCAAGGAGUAUAACAAAACCAUCCUGAAGACCAUCUGCAUGCUGUCAUAGCCAGAGGAGAAUCAGCUGCUCAGAUGACUCCAGAUCAAGCUGCAAGUUACCAUUUCUUGUAAAAAUAAGGCCGUGGGGAUCAGAUCCCAUCUCGCUUGACUUAGCCCAGCACUAUUAAAGCCAGCACAAUAAAUGAUAUCUAGCUCUUA